AUGGAGUACGGGAGUGGAGGCUGUGGGUCCCAGUCUACUGGGGAACAUGAUGGUUCCGAUUCCCAAGAGAAGAGAAAGCGUUAUCAUCGUCAUACUGCCAACCAGAUUCAGAGGCUUGAGUCAAUGUUCAAAGAGUGCCCCCAUCCCGAUGAGAAGCAAAGGUUGCAGUUAAGCAGAGAGUUAGGCUUGGCCCCUAGACAGAUCAAGUUCUGGUUUCAGAACAGAAGGACCCAAAUGAAGGCCCAGCACGAAAGAGCUGACAACUGUACUCUUCGAGCUGACAAUGACAAGAUACGUUGCGAGAACAUAGCUAUCAGAGAGGCUUUGAAGAAUGUUAUCUGCCCUUCGUGUGGUGGCCCUCCUCUCAAUGAUGAUUCCUAUUUCGACGACCAAAAGUUGCGAUUAGAGAAUGCCCACCUCAAAGAAGAGCUUGAUAGAGUAUCUAGCAUCGCUGCCAAGUAUAUUGGAAGACCAAUUUCCCAACUCCCGCCUGUUCAGCCUAUCCAUAUAUCGUCUCUGGAGUUGUCGAUGGCGUGUUUUGGAAACCAAGGGAUGAUGGGUCAUGUUCCUGCACCUUCUCCCUCCCUUAAUCUUGAUCUUCUCCCUGCGGGGACAUCCUCAUCUGUGCCAAAUAUGCCUUAUCACCCUCCUUGCCUUUCCGACAUGGACAAGUCCCUUAUGUCAGACAUCGCUUCCAAUGCCAUGGAAGAAUUUCUCAGGCUGGUGCAGACAAACGAACCCUUGUGGCUCAAGUCAAACAUCUAUGGGAGGGAAGUUCUUAGUUCUGAUGCCUACGAAAGAAUUUUCCCCAAGCCCAAUAGUCGGACCAAUAAUCCUAAUGUUCGCCUUGAAGCAUCACGAGAUUCUGCAGUCGUGUUGAUGAAUAGUUUAUCCUUGACUAACAUGUUUACGGACCCAAACAAGUGGACGGAACUUUUUCCUACUAUUGUCUCAGUGGCAACGACAAUUCAAGUUAUAUCUUCUGGGAUGAUGGGUGGUUCUUUGCAAUUGAUGUAUGCAGAGUUGCAAGUGCUUUCUCCCCUUGUUUCUACUCGGGAGUUCUACUUCCUGCGUUACUGUCAGCCAAUUGAGAAAGGCACAUGGGCAGUAGUGGACGUUUCUUAUGAUUUUCCCCAUGAUGGUCACUUUUGUCCUCAAUUUCGGUGUCAUCGUCGUCCUUCUGGUUGCUUGAUCCAGGACAUGCCUGACGGGCAUUCCAAGGUUACUUGGGUUGAACACGUUGAGAUAGAAGACAAAACUCUCCCUCAUCGUUUUUACAGAAAUCUUAUUUAUAGUGGGAUGGCAUUUGGAGCUGAAAGAUGGGUUGCCACCCUCCAGAGAAUGUGUGAUAGACUGACUUAUCUGAUGGUUACUAGCAAUCCAACCCGGGAUAAUCCUGGAGGAGUAAUUUCAUCUCCCGAGGGCAAGAAGAGCAUGAUGAACCUUGCUCAAAGGAUGGUCACCAAUUUCUGUGCCAGCAUCAGCACGUCAAGUGGCCACCAAUGGACCACGAUCUCUGGGUUGAAUGAAAUCGUAAUCAGAGUCACUGUCCACGACAGCUCAAAUCCUGGACAACCUAAUGGUGUGGUGCUAAGUGCAGCCACUACAAUUUGGCUCCCCACCCCUCCAUACACUGUCUUCAAUUUCUUCAAGGACGAAUCAAAAAGGCCUCAGUGGGAUGUUCUUUCCAACGGUAAUGCCGUGCAAGAGGUUGCCCAAAUAGCAAAUGGUUCACAUCCUGGUAACUGCAUAUCAGUUCUUCGAGCUUUCAACACGAGUCAGAACAUGUUAAUACUCCAGGAGAGCUGCAUAGAUUCCUCUGGUGCACUUGUGGUUUAUUGCCCAGUUGAUCUGCCAUCGAUCAACAUAGCAAUGAGUGGAGAAGACACUUCGUGCAUUCCCUUGCUACCAAAUGGGUUUACCAUUUUGCCGGAUGGGCAGGCAGAGGAGGAGGAAGAUGGGGCAUCAACCAGUUCAAACGCAAACAGGAACAUGGCAAGGUCUGGUGGUUCACUAGUCACAGUUGCAUUUCAGAUUCUAGUGAGUACCUCUCCAUCUGCCAAACUGAACAAGGAGUCGGUGACAACUGUUAAUAAUCUCAUUGGCUCCACUGUCCAGCAAAUAAAGGCUUCAUUGAGUUGUCCUAUCUAG